AUGGUAUUUUGCAGAUUGGGUAAAGUUCUUGGACUGAUACUCAUCCUUUUCGGGCUUUCCGCGAUGAGUCAGGUACGUUUUUAUAUCUCAAACAUGCGAUCCAGUGUAGGUAGUAGAUAUCCUCCCGUGGUUCAGUGUUGUCAAGUAACGAAGUAAAUGUACUUCGUUUCUGUAGUUGAGUACUUUUUUGAGAAGUCGCGUGUAACAAAGUAAGCUUUUUCUGGAGUACUUUUACUUGGAACGAAGUCGUUUUAAGAAGUAACGUUUUACUUCGUCAAGGUUGAUUUCCACUGUUGCGUUUUUCGUACGCACGUACAUGCAAGUAAAACUUUGAAUCCUUCUAUUUUUUAAAUAUUUUACAAAUAAGUUAACAAAUGCAUACUGAAACUUGCGGAAUACUAAAUUCUGUUGCUUUAUUUAUUUGGUUAUUUCAUAAGUAACAUUUAAACGGAUUUAAAGUUUUACGUGCGUAUACGUACGUAUGAAAAACGCAACAGUGGAAAUCAGCCUUUAUUCUCAUUUUGUGGCUAAGAAUUUUGUUACUUUCUGACAUUUGUUUAAGGUGGCUCGAAACAGUUUUCAAAAAUUCAGGUGUUUAACACUUUGACAUGUUCAAACUACGCAUUCUUAGGAUUUAUUCAGCACAUAUUGUUUUUUUUUUAUAUUUUGAUAUCUCUACUUUCAAAUUAUAUUAGUUUUAGUGACAGAUAGUUCGUUGCUAUGACGACAUACGUGCACGAAAUUCACUCCAAAAUGGCCGAUCGUCUCGUAUAUUUGGAAAAGAAGCAUGGUGACCCCCAAUUUUUUUUCUUGCAUUAUUUUACUUGGACGAAAAGCUAACAAUUAGCAAAAUAUAAAAAAAUUCUGUAAUGCCAUUUUUUUGAAAAAUGCGAAAAUGUCAUAUUCUUCGGUAAAAUUUUUUUGGCAUUACAGAAUUUUUUUAUUUUUUGUAUAAUGAAAGUUUUUAGCGGUGCAAUACAGCAUACAAAAUUUGAACAUAGGUCACCAGACAAAAUAAAGAGAUAUAGCGCAUUGUUUUUCUAAAAUGGAAAAUUCUAAUGACGUCAGCAAUUGACAUAAAACGCUAUAGAACACGCGCAAUGGCGUGAGAUGGCGCGAGCAACUGCUCACGUCAGGUUAUUUUGGAAGUUCUUUCAUUUUGUUAAUGAUCAAAUGGUCAACCGGUUUUGAGUUCGCGAUUCUUGAACAGGGUUUUUGUGAUAACUAUAUCGAGCCACCUUAACUCAAAAUAUGAUUAUAUAUAUAUAUAUAUAUAUAUAUAUAUAUAUAUAUAUAUAUAUAUAUAUAUAUAUAUAUAUAUAUAUAUAUAUAUAUAUAUAUAUAUAUGCCAGGGGCGGAUUCAGACAGGUUUGACAGGUUUAUAUAAUAAACCUGUCAGAUUUUCCAAAGAAAGAAAAUCUAUAACCUUCCAUGUACAUAUAUAACUAAUUUAAAGAAUAUUCUGUUUCAUAAACUUGAUGUUGUCUAAUCUAUAACGCCAUUUAAAUACUCUUAUUGAAAUUUUUAUUCUGGAUUAAUACCGAGCGUAUUUAGAUUUAAUUAAGGACUUAUCGCGUUGGUUUCCUCUUACGAAAUGUUGUAAUACUAGACAAAUAAUCUGCUAAUGUAUCGUGGGUCGUGGACUGAAACAUCACAUGAAUCACACAUAACCGCCCGCAAUUAUGAGUAAACCGGUGGUCAGAGUUUUCUCAAUGAGAGUAAACCGGUCGAUAUACGCCAUUCGAUUGGCUAAACGGCUGCGCUCCGACGGUAGCCUGCGAACAGGCUCUCAAGCUGAAUUGAGAGCCUGCAUCGAUGACUAAUGAAUUUGAAUAUCUGCGUCUCAAAUCGUGACGCGAAAUUCUCAUUGGUCAGAUGCUAUAAUUUAUAUGUUUCCGCUGAGCUCCAUAUAUGUCAACUGCUGAAGCACUAUGCAUAAAAAAAACACAUUAACUGAUCAAAUUGGUCUUGGCCGUCUUAUCUCAAAGCACGAAAUGUUCUGUUUUGAGAAAACAGUAUUUAAAACAUUCGAACUUUUGCUUGAAUAUCUUAUAUUUCGAAAAACAGUAUAAACUGUACGGUCUAAAUUUAGUUUGCACGGUCUAAAUUUAGUUUGCACGGUCUAAAUUUAGUUUGCACGAAAGUUGUAAACAACACCAUAUAAGGAUAGACAUUCCAUAUUUGGAAAAACGAACGUUACGGGGCAGAUAUUCAAAUUCAUUAGUCAUCGAUGCAGGCUCUCAAUUCAGUUUGAGAGCCUGUUCGCAGGCUAGGGGAGCCAGUGUAGGUCGUACUCGCGAUAAGCUGCCGCGUGAUCUGUAUAAUUUUAUGAACUACCUAAAAAGGAUAUCUCAAACGUAGUGAUCCAAUGUAGGUGGUAUUUUACAGUCAAUAAGCUGUCGUGGUUUGUGUCUAAACUACCUGAAAAUGACAUCUCAAACAUGGUGGUUCAGCCGUGUAGAUAGUAUUCCUGACCACAAUAAGCUGCCGUGGUUUGUGUCUGAACCGACAUGAAAAAGAUAUCAAACAUGGUAAUUCGGUGUACGUAGUAUUCUACAGUCAGUAAGCUGUCGUGGUUUGUGUCUAAACUACCUGAAAAUGAUAUCUCAAACAUGGUGGUUCAGUGUAGGUAAUCUUCUACAAUAAGCUGUCGUGCAUGGUUUAAUUAUGUCUGAACUACCUGAAAAAGAUACUCAACCGUGGGAUCCAGUAUAGGUAGUAUUCUGCAGUCAAUUAUAAGCUGUCGUUGUUUAUGAAACUUGGCGGGGGCAGUGUAGGUCCUCAACAAUAAGCCUGCCGCACACGAGAGCAACUUGCCGAGCUAACCGCCUCGCGUGGCAACUAGCACAGCAAGUUUCUCUCGUGUGCGGAUAGUUUUCGUGAGGAUUUGACCUCUCGAGGCCUUGAGGAAAAAAUCUAUCGUGUUUGAUAUUUUUCACCUCGCGAGGAAAAAGUCUCAACGUUUGCGGAUGUUGUGAGCUUUAGUACAUUAAGCCAAUGAGAAACCAUGAUAGUUUCUUCAUGUGACUUUGAAUACAAUGGAGGAAAAUGCAAACGAUUUUGUCAAUUAUGUUGUUGUUGAGAAGUUUUCCCAACGUGUGCGGUGAAAAUGCAUAGCUGAGCUAGCCGCCAGGCGAGGCGGUUAGCUCAGCAAGUUUCUCAGUCUCAUGUGCUGCCAGGGGCGUAAGAAGCAUCAAAAAGUUGGGUGGGCGGUUUCGAGGGGCGCUUUUCGAAAGAAAAGGACACCUAAAAAAUUUUUCCCGGAAAUGUUGCCGACGGGGGGGAGGGGAUUCCUCUACUCAAAAAUUUUUCCGGACAUGUCAUAAUUUUUUCCGGACAUCGAAUUUUUUCCGAAAAUAAGAAAAUUUUUCCGGAAAUAUCAUAAUUUUUUUCGAAAAUAAGAAAAUUUUGUUCGGACAUAUGAUAAUUUUUUCCGAAAAUAAAAAAUUUUUCAAUCUCAACGAAAUUUUUAACGUUGCCAGAAGGGCACUUUUGACACCAAAAAAAGGCACUUUUGAACACAUGGGGGGGGGGGAGGGGCACGUGCCCCCAGUGCCCCCCCUUCCUACGCCAAUGUGUGCUGUCGUGAUGUGCAGUGUCUGAACUACCUGAAAAAGAUAUAUCUCAAACGUGUUGGUCCAGUGUAGGUAGUAUUCUACAAUAAGCUGCUGUGGUUUGUGUCUGAACUACCUGAAAAAUAUAUCUCAAACUUGGGGGAGGGGGGCAGUGUAGGUCGUAUUCUACAAUAAGCUGUCGUGCAUGGUUUGUGUCUGAGCUACCUGAAAAUGAUAUCUCAUUUAUAGCCAAACAUAAUGAGCUACGAUUUGAUAACAUGCUGCCAAACAUAAUGAGCUAUGGUUUGAUAAUAUAACUUCCCGAAGGUGAAGGGCCUUCACUCGAGAUGUCGAAGUUCAGCAUAUAUUUUUCAGGUACUUGUUUUUCAACUGUCUGUUAUCGUAUCUACCUACAUCUGGCACCGACCGUUGUUUACAUUUUAGUACAUCUUGCUAAGUCGAUUCGGACUUUACCGUUUCUAACAAAAACUUUUGUUAUUUCAGGAGUGCAUUAAAGAUUAUUCUUCUUGUGUCCCAACCGACCCGACUCCACCAGAACAAUGUUCUCCAAUAUGCUCUACUGGAGGUCCGGGUAUUUGUGAUGACUCCGGCGAGCACCCACCGUUCUGCAUUCCAGAUAACGAAGAUGCACCGUUCGAAUGA